GACAAGUGAAGGCGUAUUACCCGUCGUGUAUAUAUAGAGUAAAUAUGCCGAUAAAAUACAUCGGGAGAACCACAUCUUUUAAGGGGAAGACGUUAUGGGAAAUUGUUGGAAACUUGAAGAAUUUUGGUGUGGGAAGAAUUGUUGUGAGAAGUGUUUUUGAACGCUAUCCUGAACCAAGUUACCUGAAAAUAUGUAAAGUUGAAGGAUUAGCAAAUGAGGAUCCUCGUAAAGUUCGAGUUUGGGCUGAGAAAGUUUUUAGAGGCCGCAAAUAUCCCAAAAUUGUAGAAGUAUGUAGCGUCUCAUAUAAGGCAGAUUAUCGAUUGAUUCCAAAGGAUGAAGAAGAAGAAUAUUGCAAGACACAGUCUCAUCUUCCAUUGGAGAAAGUAAAAAUCUUACCUCGGACUGUGCCAUUUCCGCCUUUGUUGAGGGAAUUGAUUCUUGCUGAUCGCCGCGCUAAAGGAGAAGAUGUGACGAAGGAACCAGAGAUGGAAAUUCAAUAUAACGAGUCUCGCGAUGGUUUAUCAAGGAGGGCACAAGAGGGUGAAGUCCCAAAUGUAGAGUUUGAGCCAGGCAUAGGUGUGCCUCGGACCCCAGAACUAUAUGCCAGCGUGAAACGCCAACUGUAACUGAUGCAACUCUUGGAUGUCAGGUUGAUGAUACACUAGAAAUCCUCUUAGAUCUCAUGAUGGGAGGUGCUUCGUGUUUUGACAACAGCCAAGACAUUGGAUAAUAAAGUGUUGGGUUCUGCAGUUUCUGAUGUGACUUGACAUGGGAUUGUUAAAAAAUUCUGAAGACAUUUCUAGUACACCUCAUUUUAACUCUUUGACUGGCGCGGGCGUUUUAACGCCCGGACGAUGCCAGCUGUUCCCUGGUGUUGGCGUGUUUUGACGCUUUGACAAUCUCUUCCCUUCUUUGCUCUCUUGGCACUCAUCAACCAAAGACAUAUAUAUGAUAGUUUUUGU